AUGCACCUUUCAUCGCCCACCGACGAAGCGAUUCGCCAGAGCACCCCCAAGGUGUCGCAGGCCCCUUGGACGAGGUGGUUGGUGGUCGAGCCGAGCGACUUGAGCCCAGAACGAAGGCGGUUCUUGAUCAUGCUGUAUAUACACCGCACGACGGUUGGUACGGUGCUAAAGACCCGUGUACGUGUAGACGAUGAGCCACUCGACUUCGCCAGGAACGCCGCUGUCGUCUUCGCCCGUCUUCCUAGCGGUUACUUCGUUCUGAUGGUGAAGUCCCAAGACUCGGAGCCAGGCGCGGACGACGAGUACCACACGCUGAUAAUCACGGCACAUGUUGCCUUUGGGAUUUACGAGAAAACUAUGGCCAUUUGUUGGGAACAAGGCGACAGGGUCUUCUCCGUCACGUUCAGACAAUCUCAAGAUUUCUGGGCGGUGGUGGCGUGCAUUCGUGCGGCGCGUAUGGACACGGAUUGCAGCCCUGAACUGAGGUCUGCUCGGGAGGAAGCUGAGACUCUUCAAGAUCAACUGCAACACAUAGAAGACACCGCGUUCAUCAGUGUCUUAGAGGCAGCGACGUCGACCGCGUAG